AGCUGGACUGACACUGAAAGAAGAACUACAGCUCCCAUCAUCCCACAGAGUCACACAACAACAGACGAGAGGAGGCAGGCUGCAGCUGGGAGAGAAGGAGACAGACAGGCUGUAAGACAGACAGACGGACAGACAGACGGGGAGAGUUUGUCCUCCACAUCAAUGGAGGAUUUCACCGCUGCAGAGGAGGACGACUGACGGAGACACAUCCGAUCAAAAUGGCCAAAAACCAGGAGGUGGAGCACAUCGCCAAAAAGCUGGAUAAAAUGGUUCACAAGAAGAACACGGAUGGAGCUUUGGACCUGCUGAGGGAACUAAAGAACAUCAAGAUGUCUCUGGAGACGCUGCAGUCAACCAGAAUCGGGAUGUCGGUGAACGCAGUGAGGAAACAGAGCUCAGAAGAAGAAGUUCAGACUCUGGCCAAAGCUCUCAUCAAGUCCUGGAAGAAACUGCUGGACGGUUCAGAGGAGAAGGAGAAGAAGAAGCAAGGCUCCCCUGUGAGGUCAUCAUCCAGCUCCAGCGGCAGUGAGAAAAACGGUAACAAGUCAGGAGAGUCCCCGACCACACCGACAACACCAACCACGCCAACCACGCCUACUACACCCACCACCCCGACCUUCCCCCCUCGGGUCACCUCCUUCCCUCCCGCUCCCGUCACCACCGACAAUGUGAGGAACAAGUGUCGAGAGCUGCUGGUGGCGGCGCUGCAGACCGAUGGAGACCACGUGACCAUCGGAGCCGACUGUGAGCACAUGGCGGCUCAAAUCGAAGAAGAGAUCUUCCAGGAGUUCAAGUUGACAGAUAUGAAAUACAAAACUCGUCUACGAAGCCGAAUCUCCAACCUGAAGGACCAGAAGAACCCCGACCUGCGGCGGAACGUCCUGUGUGGAAACAUCUCGGCCAAACGCAUCGCCGCUAUGACCGCAGAGGAGAUGGCGAGUGCAGAGCUGAAGCAGAUCAGAGAGACUCUGACUAAAGAGUCCAUCAGAGAGCACCAGCUGUCCAAGGUGGGAGGAAGUGAGACCGACAUGUUCAUCUGCAGCAAGUGUCACGGGAAGAGCUGCACCUACACACAGGUGCAGACCCGCAGCGCUGAUGAACCCAUGACCACCUUUGUGUUGUGUAACGGCUGUGGAAACCGAUGGAAGUUCUGCUGAAGAGGACGAGCGUGUACAUAUCGGAUCCUGGAGCGCUAAAGUGAAAUGUGGAUUUAAAGAUGAACUUUUGUUUUUCCUUUCUUUUGUAUCAUUUCUUUUUUUAUAUCAAAGCUGUAAUAUAUUUGGAGAAGAAUGAGCCAGAUCAUGUUGUAUAUGGGUUUGAUUUGUUUUCUAUGGAGCACUUAGAGAGUUUAUUUCCUACACUAGAAGAAGCUUUGAGGCAGAUUGAACUCACAUUAAGGCCUUGUGGAAACAGUAGAUGUGCCUUCCUUUGCCAUGUAGUGCUGCCCUGAACAUUUAUAUUAAAGUUUCUCAUGAAUUAAGAAGACA